UUCAUCAUGCAACACCUCGGUCUUCUACUCUUGAUGUUCAGUACACUGUUAUACUCUAGUGUCAGUCAAGGAAGUGUCACUCUGAUCAUCAUUCCCAACAGAGCUCAGUUCUUUGAGUAUGAGUCUGUCUCUCUGAGAUGUGAGGUUCAGGGAAACUCUGCUGGAUGGAAACUGAAGAGAUACACAUUGACUGGAAGGCUUUCAGAUUGUGGAACAGACUGGGGAAAACAACAAGUAUCUUCAUGUGUCAUGUCUGUAAUGUCAUUUGACAGUGGAGUGUACUGGUGGGAGUCUUGGUCUGGAAAACACAGCAAUGCUGUCAACAUCACAGUACAUAAUGGUCCUGUGAUCAUGGAAAGCCCUGCCCUUCCUGUGACUGAAGGACUUUCUGUGACUCUGAACUGCAGAUAUCAGGGAACUCCCUCUAACCACACAGUUGAUUUCUACAAAGAUGGAUCUCUCAUCAGGACAGAGACUAAAGGAGAGAUGACCAUCCCUGCAGUAUCUCAGUCAGAUCAAGGACUUUACAGCUGUAGACACCCUGAACUAGGAAGAUCUCCAGAGAGCAGGAUGACUGUGACAGAUCUCUCCCCUCCAGCCUCUCUGAUCAUCAGUCCCAACCGAUCUCAGUUCUUUCAAUAUGAAUCUGUCUCUCUGAGCUGUGACGUUCAGGGGAACUCUUCCGGAUGGGGACUGAAGAGAUUCACAGUGACUGGAAGGCUUUCAGAUUGUGGAACCGACUGGGGAAAACAUCAAAGAUCUGCCUGCAUCAUAACUGUAAUGUCAUUUGACAGUGGAGUGUACUGGUGUGAGUCUUGGUCUGGAAAACACAGCAAUGCUGUCAACAUGAAUGUACAUGAUGGUCCUGUGAUCCUGGAGAGCCCUGCUCUUCCUGUGACUGAAGGACUUUCUGUGACUCUGAACUGCAGAUAUCAGGGAACUCCAUCUAACCACACAGUUGAUUUCUACAAAGAUGGAUCUCUCAUCAGGACAGAAACUAAAGGAGAGAUGACCAUCCCUGCAGUAUCUCAGUCAGAUCAAGGACUUUUCAGCUGUAGACACCCUGAACUUGGAAGAUCUCCAGAGAGCAGGAUGACUGUGACAGAUACGAAUCAAUUAUCAAUGUUCUUUCCAGAUCCAGCUUUCACCCCAACUCCAGCCAUCCCAGAGAUGUCCAUGUCUCUGUCCAGACUGCUGUGUAGUCUACUGGUGGUGUCUCCCUACCUGCUGGUGACCACUGUACUGAUGUUGAAAUGCUACAGGUACAGAAGCAGAGCUAAACGUGACAGCCCUUCAGCGACAUAAUUUUUUUAACUGGCAUUUGUAAGGUCUGUUUUGCGUGGCACAGCGGCUCCCCUUUCUCUCCCGAGCUCCCCCUCAUCGGCGUACAUAUUAACCACCAGCAGGAGAGUGUUGGCAGCAGCGCAUCCCGAGGACAUGUUUCCUAUUGCUGGUUAGUUGUGUUUAUAUUCUGUUGUUCACCUACUGUACCUCACAGAUUAUGCGCCUGUCGUUAACCAUGUUGGUGCGCUUCGCAUUUAUUCAUUCAAGUAAAAG